GACGCGGGGCGCGCUGUCGCGAUCCGGCGGCGCGUGACGUGGCGGGGGCGGGGUCUGGGCGGCCGCGGCAGCCGCGGCGGUCGAGCGAGCGAGCAUCCUGUUGGCGCCUGGCUACUGCGAGAGGUUAAAUGGCCAAGACAGACAAAUGGAAUUAGGCCUUGCUGUGGAGACUUCCAUUUUCUUCUCAGUACCUGACCAUUUAUGAUGAGGCAGCUUAUGAAAGUGUGAUGUUUGCUUAUUUCCUCACAGUUGGAUAAAAAUUGAAGGCAGGAAGAUAGCCAGUUCAGAGAAGAUGAUCUGGCCACAGUAAACACAAGUGUGAAGGAAACAUUUGCCAUGGAAGCCAGGGAACUGGAGAGCCCCCCACCAGCCUACCAUCUUAUUCCAGAGGCCAGCCAGCCCAGGGAAGAUGUCAGCAUGAAGCCUCAACAGACUACAGAAACUAUGCAGCUAAAGAAGGAGAUCUCGCUGUUGAAUGGGGUCAGCUUGGUGGUGGGCAACAUGAUCGGCUCAGGAAUCUUUGUCUCACCCAAGGGCGUGCUGGUAUACACUGCCUCCUAUGGGUUGUCAUUGGUCGUGUGGGCCAUUGGUGGGCUUUUCUCUGUUGUUGGUGCCCUUUGCUAUGCAGAGCUGGGGACCACCAUCACGAAGUCUGGGGCCAGCUAUGCUUAUAUUCUAGAGGCCUUUGGGGGCUUCAUUGCCUUCAUCCGCCUGUGGGCCUCCUUGCUAAUUGUUGAGCCCACCAGUCAGGCCAUCAUUGCCAUCACCUUCGCCAACUACAUCAUCCAGCCCUCGUUCCCUACCUGUGAUCCCCCGUACCUGGCCUGUCGUCUCCUCGCUGCUGCUUGCAUAUGCCUGCUGACAUUUGUGAACUGUGCUUAUGUCAAGUGGGGCACGCGUGUUCAGGACACGUUCACUUAUGCCAAGGUCCUAGCACUCAUUGCCAUCAUUAUCAUGGGCCUCGUUAAACUGUGCCAGGGACACUCUGAGCACUUUCAGGACGCCUUUGAGGGUUCCUCCUGGGACAUGGGAGACCUCUCUCUCGCCCUCUACUCUGCCCUCUUCUCUUACUCAGGUUGGGACACCCUUAAUUUUGUAACCGAAGAAAUCAAAAACCCAGAAAGAAAUUUGCCCCUGGCCAUUGGGAUUUCUAUGCCAAUUGUGACGCUCAUCUAUAUCCUAACCAACGUGGCCUAUUACACAGUGCUGAGCAUUUCAGAUGUCCUUGACAGUGAUGCUGUGGCUGUGACAUUUGCUGACCAGACAUUUGGCUUGUUCAGCUGGACCAUUCCCAUUGCUGUUGCCCUAUCCUGCUUUGGGGGCCUCAAUGCAUCUAUCUUUGCUUCAUCAAGGUUGUUCUUCGUGGGCUCCCGUGAGGGCCACCUCCCAGAUGUUCUGUCCAUGAUCCACAUUGAGCGUUUUACACCCAUCCCUGCUUUACUGUUCAAUUGUACCAUGACACUCAUCUACCUCACCGUGGAAGAUGUUUUCCUGCUCAUCAACUACUUCAGCUUUAGCUAUUGGUUCUUUGUGGGCCUGUCUGUUGCUGGACAGCUCUAUCUUCGCUGGAAGGAGCCCGAGCGACCCCGGCCUCUCAAGCUGAGCCUGUUUUUUCCCAUCGUGUUCUGCAUAUGCUCCUUGUUUCUGGUGAUUGUGCCACUGUACAGUGACACCAUCAAUUCCCUCAUUGGCAUCGGGAUUGCCCUCUCUGGGAUUCCUGUCUACUUCGUGGGUGUUUACUUGCCUGAGUCCCAGAGGCCAGUCCUUAUUCGGAAUGUCCUGGGUGAGCUUCUUUGCCCAUUACUCAUGGCGUGUGUGUGUGCGUACAUGCGUGCCCACAGAUGCAUGCAGAGGUGGGAUUGGUGGCUAACAGCUUCCGUUAUACUAGUGAUAUGCUGGAGACCAUGAGACCUGGUUGCACCAAAUGACUUCUUCCCUUUUGAUCUUGACAUGAGCACUUUAGUUCUAACCUUAGAGUCCUAUUUUUGGCUUAGAACACUCCCUUUUUAAAGUGCAAUCCAUGUGGGAAGGUGAGUCAUGCAUCACUUUCUGGUUGGGCACGGAAUGAAGGACAGUGAUGCUUGCUGGUGGUAACAGGCAAAGCCUGGUGCAGUAUACCCAGGCGACAGGUGGGAGGGAACCACAGAUAUGCUUUAAUCAACUUUGGGGUGUUCAUAUUGAAGUUGUAGCUGUCAGCUUGCUGAAUUCUGUUCUCUAUUUUCAUUUAGCUGCUGUCACCAGAGUCACCCAGCAGCUUUGCUUUUGUGUCCUGACUGAGCUUGAUGUAGCAGAAGAGAAAAAGGUUGAGAGGAAAACGGACUAGAGGCCAGAUGUGAUGUCCCUUGAGGCCUGGAAGGCCAGCCACCAAAGUCCAGAUGACAAGACUGCAGGCCUAACCCUCUUGUCCUAAAGGAGUCUGGUGGCCCACAUUAUAUAAGGGGGACUCAGGGCUGAUGGCCUGCUCUGGCGGUCACUCUCAUUGGUAAGCUGUGGGAGGAGACUCAGGGUCCAAGGCCAGCCUGGGUGGGAACUUUACAUAGAGGGUGGUGGUGGGGAGGGCUUGGUCAGGGGAAUAGUUCAGUUUUAUUCCUGGUUGAGUCGGUAUAGCUUACCAAACACUUGGGCAACUGCACUGAGGGAAGAGGGAGUGCUAGGUUAAUAGGUGUGGCUGGCGGUUCGGAAUUUGUUAUUUGAGGUUUGAAUCAGGAGCCUCUACAAAGGGGCUGCUUUAUGGGAAGGUUUCCUCUGAUCAGGUCCAAACACCUGACUCUAGAGCCCUAAAAUGCUACCAUUUCUUCCUCUGACUCAAGAUCUUUCCCUAGGAAGACAGCUGUAUUUCAUUAUUUAUUGACAUUAUUUAGUCCAGGACACCAGUUCUGACAGAGCACUGGUGUUCAUUCAUCUUCAGGAUGCAAUAAGCUGACUGUGUUUAAAAACUCAAAAUACUCCCAACCGAGUCCCUCUGCCCUUAGAGGUGUCUCUGUGUGCUGGUGUGGGUCAGCCUCUGACCACAGAUUUUUUUGCUUGGUUUUAGCACAGUCUUCUGUUGAGUCUUAGCUGCAAAAAUGAACUUUAAAGAUUUUUUUUUUACUCGUGUAUUGGUUACAUUUUAGUCAGUAGGUCACAGAUUAUAUAAGCACCUGGCUCAAAUCAGCAAGGACAAAUGAAAAAAUUCAUGAGUCAGAAGUUUGAAAUAUUGCUAUUUUGAAGGAUAAUCCCUUAUUUUACUUGAGACCUCAGGUCUUUAUUCUAGAUGAUAGAAGGUAAACCUCCGGUUCCUGGUAUGACCUUUAGGAGGACAUAAACUGUUUUAGAAUUCAAGUGGAUUACCUGAAUUCUCUCAGCCAUCAAUGGCUUAGAGAACAUCUCAUGGACUCAAGCCACCAAAUAGCUUGUUUCUGUCUAUAAGGGCUGGUGUGAGGGACUGCUGUGCAGACCCACGCAAGCCCACCUUGGUGCUAGAAGUGGUCAUUGCCCUUUUCCGAAAACCUCACACCAGACUGCAUCCUCCUCUUCUGUCCCGGGCACUGAGCUUUGUUUACACUCUGAACUGUCUUGGUGUGGAUCAUCAGGAUAGUGCAUUCCUGUCCUGUCUGCCUCCCUUGCUGGAGGUCUGGUGGGCCUGCAGUCUCAGGAAGAGCUUGGUACUUGUGUGGACUUCUAUUUUCUCCUUGUGGAGAUCAGAGAAGACUUUGGGGGACAAAGCUGCUUCAACCUCAAUCUGGCUCCUCAGCAGACUGCAUGAUUGGAAGUAACUAAUUCUGGUGCUCAGGGUGUGCUUUUAGCAUCCAGGUCAGGCCAGAGUAGGCUUGGCCUCAUGGAUGUUCCCUCAUGGGCAGCCAUGGUUGCAGUGGACUGUACAGCUGUCCUGUGAUGCUUCCAGACACUGUCAUCCUGGGUCCAGAGGAACCUGCUGACUUGGCUAACUCCAUGCCUGGACAUCUUAUCCUUUCAUUUUAGAACUGGUCACCGGUAAAGACAAGAACUAUGAGGCAAUCUCUCUUUCUGACCAUUCUUUUCUAUCAAGUGGCUUCAGUUGCAGUCAGGGGAGUAACCUUGGCCAUACUUGUUUAAUAAGGACAAUUUAGGGGAGCCAUGGGCACAGCUGCCUUCGGUUUAGGGCAUGCAUGGAUGAGAAAAUGAGGGGACAUGCCUACUGUCAUGGGUUGGGGAUUUGCACAGCAAAUUCCUUUCUGGCAACGGAGUCUUAUGCAAAGGCUGACUUGCCUAGAGUACGUAAACAUGACUCCUGUCUGAGCCAAGAUGGCACCUAUCCCAGGGAUCCUCUGGAGCUAAUCCUUUAAGCAGAGUGUGCUUGUCUUAAGGAUCCCUGACCCAGGUUUUAGCUCUCUCCCCUGAAGUAAAUGACCAGCUAAUCCCAGGAACUUGCUGUCCCUAGUGGCUCCUGGGGGAAGCAUGGGCCUCACACCCUAAGUGCCCCAGCACAAGCUUCGUGAGCCAUGUCAUCCCCCUCUCAUUACUGGAUGGCAACUGCAUUCUUCCCCUCUGUGCUGGAUACAGACUUCACCCAGAAACCCUUCUGUGGGAGGGAAGCCAGAGACUCCCUACAGCAGUCAAGCUUCAUGGUGGAAUUAAAUUUCUGCAAGGU